AAUGAGGAGAAUAUUGAACAUUUUCACAAGAAGUCAACUGAAAUUCAGAAGUUGCUGCUGAGCCAUGAGGCUCCUUUGGAACUGCAGGUGAUGGAGACCCAGCUGAGGAAGAGAAUGGAGCAGGUGAAGGAGUUGUUUACUGACUGCACAGAUGUUUUUGAGGAGAUUAUGGCUGUGAGAAAGCAUCUGUCUGAGAAGAUCGAGGAGUGUCGGACGGCUGUGGAAAACAUCCAGAGCUGUCUGCGUGGGACUGAUGCAACAGCAGAAGCCCAGAUACAGGACCUGUGUGCUGAGCUGAGCUCUCAGGAAGAGCAGGCCGAGGCUGUGUUGAAAGAGGUGGGUCUGGUGUCCAGCGUGGCCAGUCCGCAGGUGCUGGAGGAGCUGUCUGCAGACUGCAGCAGACUGAGAGAGGCCAUCGCCCACACCAAAGACAUGAUCAACUUGAAGAGGGAGGAGGAGGACAAAGGCCUGUACAAGGUCAUCAACGAUGAAAGAGAGCUUUUUGAGGAAUGGUUCCAGGAUUUGCAGCUGUCUGUCAACGAGUGCUUUGAGAGCCCUGAGAGCAGAACAGACGUGGAGACGUCUGUGCGAAGACUAACAGGUUUCCUAAAGUCAGAGGACACGGAGAGACGUCUCAGCCAGCUAAAUGAUCAGCUGGAGAGAGCGAGGCAGCGGCUUCCACCUGAGCAGCUCUCAGAGUUGACCGACUGGCUGAAGGAGCAGCAGGAGGAGGUGGCAACAUUUAGAACCCACUGCCAAAACAGACAGGAGCAAAUGCAGUCUCUCCUUGACGACUUGAAUCGUCUGCAGAAGCAGCAUGAAAGCCUCUGUGAGUGGCUGCAGAGCAAAGAAAAGCAGUCGGCGGUUCGGGAAAACGUCAAGCUCCUUCUCAAAGAACUUCAGGAUGAGAGCGGCCGAGCGGAGGCUCUCCGUGAGCUCCUGGCAUCGAUACGCAGGCAGGGCGUAAGGGCCGAAAACAUCCUGAAGGACGGGGACAACUUGUUACAGCGCUGCCGAAACCUGGAGGCCCGGCUGCAGAAUCAGGUGGAGGCCCAGAGUGCCCUGGAGGAGGAAUACAGACGGUUCCAAGCCCAGGCAGAGAGCACCAGGACCUGGAUUAGUGAGCUCACACAACCACUGGCCUCUCCUGACACAGACGGUGACACCGAGGAGAUGAAGCGCAGAACGCUGGCUAUCCUGAGCAGCAGAGCUGAAGGAGACUCUAAAGUGAACAUCCUGCUUGGAGCAGCGGAACGGCUGAGUGAGCAGGAGGAUGUGGACGGCGGGAGGAAACAUGAAGCUCGUCUGCUGGUUAGAGAGAUGGAGAAUCAGUGGAGGACUGCCCUUGAGACUGCUGAGGAGGCUCUCAAUAAGGCAGAGACCAAAGCCGCGUUAGACAAGCUGCUCGGCGCUUUCCAAACCCGCACUGAAAGUUUUGAGUACUGGAUCAAAGACCAGAGAGAGAAUCUCGUGUCUGCGGGUCCUCACAUGGAAGUUGAGGAAAAACUCCAGGUGGCAGAGGCUGUUCUGAGCUCCAGGCCUCAUGGGGAGUCCAGGCUGCAGGAUUUAAAGCAACAAUGCCAGAUCAUCUGUGAGAACCAGGCCUCGGACGGGAACAAGAGGACAGAGGUCUGUGGCGCCGUCCAACGCGCCGAGGAGCAGUGGCAGAACGUCUUGAAGGAUGCUGAGGUGGCGGUGAGGCAGGCGGAAAGCCGAGCUGCCUCUCAGAGGGAGUUUAAGGCUUUCAGAAGCCUGGAUGAAAGCUUCCAGUCCUGGAUCAGAGAGAAGAGACACAAACUGUUGGGUCCGGGUGGUCACAUGGAGUUUGAUGAGCGCUGGCAGAUAGUGCAGGCUGUCAUGAGUUCCAGACCUGAAGGAGAGUCAAAGCUGCUCGACCUGAAGACGCAAGCGGCAGGUCUGUGCAAGCAGCUGGAGAAGAGCGGGGAAGCCGAGGUGGAGCAGAUGGUAACGCGCGCAGAGCAGCUCUGGGGAGCUUUUCUGCAUACAGCCAGACAAGCCGAACUCCGAAGUCUCUCCGACAACUUUGACUGCCAGAGUAAAAACACAGAGUCCUGGAUAAGAGACAGGCAGCAGAAGCUGCAGUCUGUGUGUACCAGCACGCCACCUGAGGAGAGAUGCCACAUAGCACAGGCCAUCUUGAGUUCCAGACCUGAUGGUGACUUUAAGGUGAACAACCUGAGGAGACGAGGCCAGACUCUGUGCGACCACCAAGAUGUUGAAGAAGGCCAGAAAGUGCAGGUUCAGCAGACGGUCAAAGACACGGAGAAGCAGUGGCGGGAAGUCCUCCAAGCUGCUCAGCAGGUCCAAGCUUCAGCAGCAGCUGAGAUCGCUCAGGAGACUGAAAGGAGGAGGUUGGAGUUGAGUGAAUUGGAUUCUCAUCAGCAUGACACUGAGUCCUGGCUCGAGGAUCUCCAGCAACAACUGGCGUCCCUGGGCAACCAAACCGAACCUGAGGACAGACUUCAUGCAGCCCAGACUAUAAUGAGCUUCAAGACAGAAGGCGAUUCGAAGCUGCAGAAGCUCAGGAGUCUCUGCCAGAGUUUGUGUUCUCAGGAUCUUGACAAACAGAAAAAGCGAGACAUUCAGCAAAGAAUCCGAGACAGUGAGGAGCAGUGGACGAAGCUGCAGCAAAAUGCUAAACAAGCAGCGAGUGAAGCUGAAAGGCAGCAUGCUCUGGAUCUCCAGCUCAGGAGCUUUCAAGCCCUGAAGGAAAGCGCCAGCAGCUGGCUAGAAGCGAGGCAGCAGGCCCUCACCUCUCUGGACCAUGAGGCUGAUCCAGAACAAGUGAUAAAGACAGCGCAGAACAUCCUGAGCCUCAAGCCUGAGGGAGAUUCAAAGCUGACCGAACUGAAAAGACAAAGGCAGAAUUUAUCUGAGCAGCAAGAGAUUUCAGAGGCCGCACGGCGAGAGGCCCAGAAGGCAUCACAAGACUCAGAAGAGCUUUGGGCCGUAGUCCUGCAGGCUGCUGAGAACACUCUGCUGAAAGCUGAGGUCCAGUACUCACUGUCCAGAGAGACGGAGGCCUUCUGUAACCAUGCCGACGACACCAAGCGUUGGAUCGAAGACCUGCAAAAACAAGCUGAUGCUAUACAAGGUGGAACACAAGGCAGCAAGGCUCAGCUGGAGAAAAGGCUGAAAACUGCUCAGGUCGUCUUGAGCUCUAAGUCACACGGUGAAAGUCAAGUGAUGGAGCUGAAGAAGCGUGCAAAGAGUCUCUGCGACCACACAGACCUGGAAGAGGACAAGAAGGUGGAGGUUAAGCAGACGGCCCAGGACGUAGAGAUGCAGUGGAGGACAGUGGUGCAGGCUGCCGAGGAGACCCAGAGACGGUUGCAGGGGGUUAUGGAUCGCCUGCUUUCCUGCGAGCAUAAUCAAGAGCAGGCUGAGGCCCGUCUGGCUGAGAUCCAGAAGCAGACAUCCAGCCUUCCACAGACAUUCCCCUGGCCAGGCUUGGGCGAGCGAAGACAGGCUGUAGAGCAGGCCCGGACCCUCCUGGACCAGACCACGGCCUUAGCUCCUGUACUCUCUGAUGUGCGCGCACAGGCUGACGAGCUGUAUGAGAUCACACAGGACCAGAGUUGGACCAAUGCUUCCUGGGCAGCCAGGGAGGAGGCCAUCCCUGCUCUGCUAACACAGCUAACUGAUGCGGUGGCUAACUUGGAGCAGGGUAUAGCGACGGAGCGGCAGUGCACGCAGCUUAUUGAGCAGCAUGAAGCAGCCCAGGACUGGCUGAGAGAGCAGGUUAAAGGCCUGGGACCCGCCCCUGCAGACAAACAUGGCCUUCACAAUGCUGUCAACACGCUGAAGGCUUUGCUGCAGACCGUUGACAGGGAGCAGAGAGAGAUGACAGAGCUGGAUUCUGCCAAGGAGUGUUUGUUGAGUCUCUGUACACCUGGAGGUCAGGACGCCAUCACCCUGGAGGUCAGCCACCUCCGUGAGCUGUGUGCCAACUCGGAGCAGGAGGUGAGGGAGCACUUGACCACCUGUGAAAUGCGUUUAGAGGAGAUGGACCGUGAGCUGGCCCGGAUAUCCCAGGAGCUGAAGGAGAGAGCAGCUGCCCUGCAGUGGGAGCUGCGUUCACUGGACCAGGCGUUCAGUUACAGCGAACCACAGAACAACAUCGCUCAGCUUCAGCAGCACUGGCACAGCCUUCAGAACUGUGAGAACUCCCUGCUGGAUUUGGGUGUCAAAGUUCACAAUAUGUACCAAGAAGUAAAGUCAGCGACGUUUAGCAGCGAGUUACCUCCAGAGAUUGUCAGUUUGGUUUCAUCUUUGUGUCAGCAACAUGCCAGCUUGGAGUGUCGACUAAGUGAUCACCAGGGUGCCUGCUCUACAAAAACAGCUCAUUAUCUGAAGGACUGCAUUUCUGCUAUGCAACAGUGGAGCCACAGCAAGCCGUCUGACUCGGUUUCUUCUCUGCAGGUGACUUUAGAGGAAGGUGAAAAGCUGCAGCACAAUAUGCACGAAGCACUUUCUCAUCAAAUAUUUCUAACAGCCUGCCUGACCCCAGAUUUGUUUGAGAAAUUUAAGAAAGAGUGCGUUGAGAUGCUCAGACAUGUGGACAUACACAUGGCAUCUCUAACUCAGAACUUGAAGGAAAUUGAACAGAGGGGCAAACGGCUGCCUGAUACUGAGUCCUCAGAUAUGUCUCAUGUAAAUCUGGGGGAGACAAAGACCACUGUUGUGCCACCCCCUCGCAAAAACAAGCGUUCCCAUGAGAAGCAAAGUGUUUCCUUAGCAGAAAAAUCUACAUCUGUUAAGGACGAACCAUCAGUGGAAGAAAUACAGAUUGAGGCUCAUACUCCUGAACUCAGUUUGAAACCAGUCAUGGAAGUCUCAAAAAGUGUCACUUGUGAAGAAACAUCACCACUGCCAUCCAGAAGAAAAUCAAAGAGACCAGACACCGGAAAAGAACCUGUCCAUACAAAGGUGGAGACUGAACUGGGGAAAGCUAGGACAACUCACUGUAGUGCAAGCAGUGAGCCAGAGACCAAGGAUGAACCAAUUACUAGUGAGGCCAGGAGUCAAAUAGUACUCUCAAAAACAACAGAAGCUAAAUCUGAGCAGAACCAGGAAUCUUUUGAGAAUGCACCACCUAAAGUCAUUGAUGUUAAACAAGACACAGGUUUGUUGUCUGAUCCACAGUUUGCUCCAGAGCACGGUGACAUGUCUCUCUUGGAGCAAAGACAGGUUUUGCCUCCCAGACGAAAACCAAAGAGUCCCAAAAUUCCUCCUAAAUAUACUGAACAACAAAUAGCACAAACAGAGCAAACUGAAGUCAGCCAUGGGGAAGAAUUGAAGCCCAUACCAAUUAGAAGAAAGUCAAAGACUUCCAUCCCAACGGCAACUUCUUUGCAAAUUGCUUUUGAGGGUAGAAGUAAAGAGCUUAAACCUGAGCAUAAUAAGACAAUACCAGACAGCUUGGAAUCUCCAAAUGUGCACAUAGAAUCAGAAGCAAGUGAAACUGCUGGUUCUAAGAAGGAUAAACCUUCUCCUACCAAAAGAAGAUCAAAGGGUCAAAAAAUACUUGUGGCGCAUACCGCUGAAACCUUUGCAGAAAGCCAUCCUGAGCCAGUUAGUGAAAAGUCUUUGCAGAGUUCUGAAGAGCAACCAGAACUGUUUGUAGAAGAAACUGCACUUUUACCAAGUUGGCAGAACUCAAAGAGCCUUGAAGUUCCUAUAACAUCAGAGCCAUUUUACUCUGCUAAUACAACGACAGGUGUAGAGUCUGAGAAAACUGAACAAGAAUCAAUAAAGCACUCUGCCACAGAAACCUUUACAGGGCAAAAUGGAAGUACUUUUCUGCCACCCAAGAGAACGUCAAAGAAAACAGAACUUUGUCUUGUACAAGCCCUUCAGAUAAGGGAUGAGCCUGAAGGUCAACCAUCUCUUCAGUUUGAACAAAAACAGAAUGAAUCUGUGGCUCAAGAGUCUUCAUCUUCAGACAAGCUCAUACGAUCAACUCAACCUUCUCUUAUGGAAGACGGUAAGCCUUUACCAACCAAAAGGAUCUCAGGAGGCUUGAUACCUUUGGAAGACCCUAUUGUGAAGGCUUUGCAGGAUAAUUUAGUGGAACCUGGAGGACAAAAAUCUUCAGAAGGAACAGAGAAUGCCAUUUUAACACAAACAGAGAUCAUACAAAUUCAGACAAAAUCAGUGAUUAGUGAUGUUUCAGCAGCUAUUCAGCCUGCCCCUGUGAAAACUUACAGCCUGGAGUCAAUUGAAACCGAAAAAGAACUUCAAAGUGAAAAUACUACUGAUCAGGGAGAACCUGAGCACCUCCCAACCACAAGGUCAAAGAGUCCAGUCAUUUCUCCACAAAAUUUGAGCAAGGAGGAAACACAGGGUUUUGGCAGUGGUCAGAAAACAGAAGGUGCAGUUGUGCAUGAAACCCAAUUAACAGGUUCUAACAGUCUGUCCUUUUCAGGUCCACAGAUGGCCACUGAAACAAAUGAAACACUUGAUGAUGUUCUUUCAAUUUUGCCCAAGACCACAGAAGAAUCAGAAUAUCCAAGUUGUACAGAGCAAAUAGGCAUUGUUGUUCCAAGCCAACCUGAAACUCCAUCAGCCAAUCAGGAGCCAAAUAAUCUCACUGAAUACAGGGAAAGGGAAACGAAAAGUGAAGGGCAGGCUUUGGUUGCACAGGUAGAUGAAAGACAGGGUGAAAUUUUAGUAGUUGAGUCAACUGAGCUUUUAUCAAUCAAAGGGAAGUCAGAAGGUCGAAAGCUUCCUCUAGAACAGUUAAAUAACAAUAAAAUACCAACAGAUGAGGAGCAUGAUAAGGAAUUCUCACUGUCACCUUCCAUGGAGCAGACAGAUGUUAAUUUGGGAGAAACUGAGCCUAAACAAAUAAGAAAAGAACUGGGAAGAGUUGAGCCUUCAGCAGGCUCAGAGUCAUUAUGUGCUGCUGAAACAAACACUGAUGUAGUGACUAAACAUGAUACAGGAGAUUGUGAUAGUGUUAAAUCUACCACAGCCGUCAAGAUGCUCACACCAAAGGCAGUAAAUGACAGCGUGGACAAUCAAACUCUUGCAGAAGAAAUCAGCCAAGAAGAUACAAAGGUUUUCCAAGAUCAGAAUCAACAAGAAAAGAAAGUGGCCACAGUUGUUCUAGAUUCAGGUGGAGGGUUUAUGCAUACUGACAGUGGUCCAUUGUAUGAAGUAGAAACCCUUGCUUCACCUUCUGCUGAAGACUCUGAGACUGACAUUUCAGCCAGUUCAAUAAUGCCAUACAAAUCUUCAGACACAGGGGUCCAGAUGUCUGAGCACAUAGCCACAGAAGCUCUUCAGCAAACAACCUCCCAAUCCUCAGAAAGAGACUUGGACACAGUUUCUAAAUCACAGGCUCGUUUUUCUUCUGACUCUACAGAUGUUUCCACAGCUUUACAACCAGACACUAUGGCUCCUGAGACUGGUGGUUUGGAGACAAAAGAAACUAAGAAGGAAUUUGACAAACCAACAGUGUUUUCAACUCCACAAUCGCAUGCGCCUACCACUGAUCAGGAAGAAUAUGAGUUCCUUACACCUGCAAAAACAGAACAUCCCAUAGCUGACCCAGAACCUUCUAACAAGGAGAAAUCACUGGACACGGAAGCUUCUGACAGUCAGACAGCUGAAGCUGCUGCUGAACUGAUGCAUUUUAGAGAGCAACCAAGUCUCACCACUUCAGUGGUAAAUGAACAAUGCCCAGACAUUACUGAGUCAAAAACUGUAGUCAAAUGUGAAGAAACUCAAAGUCAAAGUGGAGAAGCUAUUUUAACAGUGCAGGAAGAUGAAGGACAACGUGUUGUACUGGAACUAAAGCAGAUUGACUUAACUGAACGCAAAUCAAAGAGUCCUAAAGACUUUGAUGGAACUAAAGCAGCCCCAGCUACAGAAGUACUCACAACAAUGACACAAAAUGACAAUACAGACAGUCAAGCGGCUGUAGAACAACACAGUGAAGUAGGCGAAGAAAGUGAAAUUCAGCUUCUUGACGAUCAGAAUCAACAAGAAAAGAAAGUGGCCACAAUUGUUCUAGAUGCAGAUGUACAAUUUAUGCAUACCAGCAGUGGUCCAUUUUAUGAAGUAGAAACCCUUGCUUCACCUUGUGCUGAAGACUCUGAGACUGACAUUUCAGCCAGUUCAAUAAUGCCAUACAAAACUUCAGACACAGGGGUCCAGAUGUCUGAGCACAGAGCCACAGAAGCUCUUCAGCAAACAACCUCCCAAUCCUCAGAAAGAGACUUGGACACAGUUUCUAAAUCACAGGCUCGUUUUUCUUCUGACUCUACAGAUGUUUCCACAGCUUUACAACCAGACACUAUGGCUCUUGAGACUGGUGGUUUGGAGAUAAAAGAAACUAAGAAGGAACUUGACAAACCAACAGUGUCUUCAACUCCACAAUCACAUGAGCCUACCACUGAUCAAGAAGAACAUGAGUUCCUUACACCUGCAAAAACAGAACAUUCCAUAGCUGACCCAGAACCUUCUAACAAGGAGAAAUCACUGGACACAAAAGCUUCUGACAGUCAGACAGCUGAAGCUGCUGCUGAACUGAUGCAUUUUAGAGAGCAACCAAAGCUAACCACUUCAGUGGUAAAUGAACAAUGCCCAGACAUUACUGAGUCAAAAACUGUAGUCAAAUAUGAUGAAACGGAAACUCAAAGUCAAAGUGGAGAAGCUAUUUUAACAGCACAGGAGGACAAAGGACAAGGUGUAGUACUGGAGCUAAAACAGAUUCCAUUAACCAAACACGAAUCAAAAACUUCUAAAGACUUUGAUGGAACUAAAGCAGCUCCAGCUACAGAAGUGCUCACAACAACGACACAAAACGACAAUACAGACAGUCAAGCAGCUGUAGAACAACACAGUGAAGUAGGCGAAGAAAGUGACAUUCAGGUUCAGGAAGAUCAAAAUCAACAAGAAAAGAAAGUGGCCACAAUUGUUCUUGACACAAGUGAAGGAUUUAUGGAUGCAGCAAAUUCUCUUCCCCACCAGGUGGAAACUUGUGCUAUAAGCUCUCCUACUAAAGAGCUCAAGGAAGACAUAAACUUCAUUCCGGUAACGUCAUAUAAGGAAUCUGAGCAUAGACCCCAAGAGUCUCCACAACAAACUAUUACUCAGUCUUCAGAAAGAGACUUGGAUACUCCUUCCAAAGUGCAGCUUUCUUCUUCCUCUGACUCUACAGAUGCACCAAACUUAGCUGAUUACAUUGAAAAGUUAUGGGAAAACACAGAUGGAAUCGAGAGGAGAUUUUUGAUUCUUGAUGUGCCUGACACAGCGAUCAGUCAGACAUGUGAGAUAGAGCUAAAUCAACCUGACAAAGGGUCUGAUGACAAAAAUGUUUCCAUUAGAAGUAGCUCUGCUGCUUCUACAUAUUCUUUGUCUCAAGAAGGAAGGACAGAGCUGACAGAAAUAAAAUCAUCUGAGGAUGAAAAUGUCAAACUGAGAGGAACUGUGAGUGAGGAAAAAGAGUCUGAGCAGGAAACACCACAGGAAAGAUCUAAAGGGCUAACUGAAAGUGGUGUACAAGUGAUGCUGGAAGAAGGGUCUGCUCAAAAGGAACCUGUAUGUAUUUUACACCUGGAAAUCGCUACCAGUCCUGCCGUCACCGAUGGCACAUGUGUCACAGGACAUGAGCAAAGUAAGGAGCCUGCUGAAGCUGAACAAAUUUCAGAUGAGACUAAGCCUUCUGCUUCAGAAGCAGUGUUGGACCACAAGACAGAAUAUAUAGAAAUAAGCCUUUAUGAACAUGAACAAAUCGGUCAGAUUGAAACCAAAAUGGCAAACAAGUACACCAUUCCAGAGGAACAUCCAGCUCUUCUGACACCUACGGAUAAUGCAAAAUCUGUUACCUUGGACGAAUCUCAAAUGCUGACUGAAGUUUGUGUUUUAAAACUAGAUAUACAGAGCGGUGCAGAAGAUCGGGAAAUCACCUCAACCCAAGAAGAAAAAGAGACACCCAAAGAUUUUGCUCAAAAACAAAAUCAGUCUGAACAAAUUGUAGUUAUAUUCCCAGAGGAGGCCGCAGUUGAGAUGAAUGAAAUGCAAACGCAAGAUAGUAGUACCCACAGUUUGGUUAAUGUUGCUGAAGGUGACUCUGUUCAGCUCAGUUCUCUUAUUUAUGAGUCAAUACAACCACACGAGACAAGAGUCAUUGAAAUAAGCUUAAACGAUAAAGACAUAAGUCCAAGAAAAAGUGAGGCAACACUAGAACUUCUGACAGCAGAACAAGAAAGGCCGUCGCUGGGCAUAGCGCAUACGGUCGUAAAUGACCACUCUGAGAUGUCAACAGAAGGAUUAGCUGAUUUUUAUAAGAGGCUUGGAGAAAAGCCAGAACUGGGGGAGAAACCUCAGAUGGAGCCUGAAGAACAAACAGCAACACAAGCCAGUGCUGAGGAGCAUGAAAACAUGUUUGCAAAGGAGCCAGGAAUAUUUACAAGAGAGGAACCACAACAAACCGACUCCAUGGGGAUGGAGAAUGAGUCUGAGAGCAUCUCCUCUCAACAUACACCAUUACCAUCAUGCGAUACAGAUACAGUGCUUGAAAACAGAAGUGCCACAGAGCAAGGUCCUUUCAAACCACAAGUACUGAUUCAGCAAGAUAUGCCAGGAACCAUUCAGGAAAGGCCUGCAGAGUUCCUCCUAAAUCAGAAAAAGAUACUUCCAGAUACUUUGGUGGAGCAGACUACUUCAUUAGUUACUACAGGAGAAAUGCCAAAUACUGACCUGAAUGAAACAAGUGUUCAGGGCCAGAAUGUGAUAGAAAAGAAAGAUCUGCUUCCUUUGGAUAUUUACCCUGAAGACAUGACAAUGAGAGAAAUAAAUGUAAAACAACAGGAUAAGGAAGAAUCUGUUGAAGCAGAGCAUUCUGAAAAAGGUAAUAAGGAGGAGAGGCAAACUGACCCUCAGCUAGAUUGCUAUAGAGAUGCAUUAGCUGAAGUAGAUAAGGGUCCCAGUGUUACAGAACAGCCAUCCAAACCAUUAAUACCUGGCACUGAUGUUGCAUCAGAGACCUUUUAUGAGAAGCUUGUCGAAAAUACAGAACUUUCUGUGAACCCAGUUGAGGUCCAAACUGUAGACAAUGGAAAGCAGCCAGAGAUGGAAACAAGUAUGAAGUCUGACUCAGUAAAGGAAAGACAAGAUGGAACAAUAGCAACAGUUCAGCUUGAUGAAUCAGCAUCUGGAAAAAUUCAAGAAGCUGUUCUAGAAACCUUUACACCAUUCCUGUCUGAACCAAGCUGGGUCCAUACAGUCCAAACAGAUGAACAUCCACAAGAUGGCAAAGAAAAGAUUGAUGGAGAAGUGAGAGAGGCUGAAGAGAGAACAGUCAGUGCACAGCUCCAAAUCCAAACUACUUCUGAUGAAGUAGUGAAGCAUCAGGAUGUGAACUUGUCAAAGGUGUUUUCAAGUGCUGAAGAGACUCUGACAGGAUCACCGCAGGUGGUUGAGAAAUCAUCAUCAUCUGAUGUUCCCCCAGAGGAAGUAACCCAUUCCCAGCAGCUUUCAGCUCAGGAACAUAAAACACAGCAUUCAGAGAACCCCCAUCUGAAAGAAUCAGAAAGAACCGCUGUAGAUAGCAUCUUCACAGAGAUACAGCAACACUCAGGGACAGGAACCAUCAGUCAACUCAUAGAGGCUGAACUGCAGAAGAAUGUUCCAGAGGAUCUGAUCACACCCACCAUGGAUUUGAAUCUUCAGCUAAGCAGACUAGCUUCGAACGUCCUCUGCAUCAAGAACAGUCCCACUGAGCUGAACCCGAAAGCUAUGGCCCAGCAGGUGGAGGAGGUCCAGCAACGGUCAGAGCUUCAGCUAUCACUGCUCCAACAGCUGAGAGAAGCCAAUGCUCAGAAGAAAGAUGUUCUGGAAGACCUGGAGAACCAGUGGGGCAUUUUGGCAAAAGACACAGCUGCUGUUAUCCAGAUUAAAGAGGCCCAGUUGCAGCUUGUGGCUGAUUACUGCAGGCACAGGGAAACUGCAAAAAAGAAGAUGGAUCAACUCAAUGCAGAACUAGAAGCUAUGAAAAUGUCCCCACAGGAGAGCAGUUAUAAGGAGGCAGAGCGACUCCGUUGCUUCCAGAGAACUAUGGAGGAGAACCGAGAGAUAAUUGGGGAGCUGCUUAUAACGCAUGCAAAGAUUUGUCUCCACCUCAGCCGAUCGGACCAGGAAACUGCACAGAUUGAGCAAAAGAACCUGCUAGAAAAUUGGAGGUCUCUGGAAAGCACUGUUGAGAGCAGCCUUCAUCACGCAAAUGUCCACUCUCAACACAUCAGCACUGUUCUCUCGGAUCUGUCUAGUCUGCAGGAACGCAUGCAUCCAAUCUCACAAGACCUUGAAGUCAAGAGUUCUUUAGCUACUCAGUGGAGUUGCAAGGAGGCUCAACACCUGAUGGAGGCAAAUGCUGAGAUUAAAGCGGUCAAGCAGCAAUACUUCCAUUUACAGCAACUGUCAAAAGAGUUACUUCACAGCUCACAAUGGCAGAGCGAAUCAGAGGAGAUAAGCAACAGGCUCCAGGAGAUGAAAAACAAGAUUUGCUUCACUGAGGAACUGUUGUUGUCUCAAACAAAAAACAGCAGCAACCCCAUCAUGGGCAAAAUUAUUGCAGUGAUGAGAGAUGGCCUUGCAUGGGCCAAGCAAACAGAGAGUGACAUUGAGGGCAGGAGGAAGUGGGUACCUCUUCUUCCCGAAGAGGUUCACCGGCAGCUCAAAGAUCUUAAGAAGCUUCAGUCUGAAGUGAUGGCCAAACAGGGUCAACUGGAGUCACUGGUGGAGGAGGUGACAGAGCUGCUUCCACAGCUGGACCAGGCUCAGGAGGUGCCCAUUGUACACACGUCACUUGAACGUCUUGAAGAACUCUCAAAUUCCACCACUGACAAGCUGUCCAAAGCUAUAAAAGAGGUAGAGUCUGGACUCCAGAUCAGAGAGAAGCUAUCUGAGCAGAUGGCUGACCUAGACUCUUGGGUUGUGGGUUACCUACAGUCAGAGGUCUCAAGGAGUACAAACAGUGACCCUAUGAGCCACGGUGACUUGGAUCUGGGAGUUUGCCAGGCCCAAGAACGCCUGGCUGAGGCUGAACGACAGGCAGCAAUCUGCGAGGCUCUUUUAAUGAAGAGUAAAGACAUUGCUGUGGAACUCAGUGCAACGGACAACUGUCAGCUUUAUGAUAAGAUCAGAAAGCUCCAGGAAGACAUCAGAACCAUAAUCAGUCAUGAGAAGGCCCAAAAAGAGGAGCUGGAUCAACUCAUCAAGACUGUAGAAACAAGAAAGAAUGCCUUAGCAAGUGUUGAAAAAAGCCUGAGGCAAAUGUCAGUUGAUGUGAGCAGACUGAAGUUUCCGAUCACAAAGGAGUCCCUGCAAGUCUUGAAACCUUUAAAACUCCUCCUUUUGGAUCACAAGGUUCAGGUUGACCUUCUGAUACCAUGGACUCCUCAACAAAAGUUGAAGGAAAUGAAUGAUGCAAUUUCUGAACUUCAUAACAAAAUCGCGUCAAUUGAAAUGAAAUCCAGGGACCAGGAGAAUUACCUGAGCAUGAAACAGUGUUUGGAGACAGUGGAGGAGAAUUUUCAGCAGCAGGUUUGCUUGACCGGAGAUGAUAGCAUGGACCCGGUAGGGAAGUACAAACUGUGCCACACCCUCCUCCUCCAGUUUUCUCAGAUGAAAGGAUUAUGUAGACAGGUUCGCUCAAAUCUUGAGUUGAUUGCUGCGGACCUGGAUCCCUCACAGCUCACAGCUGAGCAACAGAGGAUUAAACAUAAUGAGGACAUCCUUGACACUUGGGAAAACACUCUCUGCAACAAUCUCGGUCUCAUUGAACUGAGCGUGCUCAAGGAUCUGGACCUUGAAUCAGUGAGAAGCUCCACUGAUGACUUUCUCUCAAGGACCCUAAGAGAGUGUCAGAACCCCACCUUGUUGGAGCCCAACCAAGUGAUGAUCGACAGGGAAUACUGGCGAAUUGCGUCUUUAAAGAAGGCAGCAGAAUUACAGAUGAGAUCGCUUCAGGUGUUAGAGCAAAAUAAAGGAAGCAAACAAAGAAGACGACUCGAUGAGCUGAUAAAUUUGAAAAAUGCCGUCCUGAGUGAAUGCGACUCAAAAAUGGAGGAUCUCUUGAAAGCAAGAGAGCGCUUGAGAAGUUAUACCCUCGCUGUCAAUACAGCUGUCCAGUUUCUGCAGGACAUCGAGGGCUCUCUGCUGCCUCUCCAGGGUUCUAUUGGACCAUGUUGUGAAAGACUAGAGGAGACUGAGCAUGCUUUGGCUUCUCUUCAGCAUCAGUUCCAAACCUACAUUGAGAAGCUUCAAGACCAGUCUGUUGCACAUACUUACUUGUCUUCACAGAAGGUGGAACAGGUCCAGGAAAUGAUUCUGAGCCAGCUCCUAGUUAGGAUGUCAACACUUCUGGCAAAAGGACACAUACGGUUGGAAAAUCUUCACAGGUGUGCAGAGCAGUACAGUUGCUACCAAGAGUCUCAAGAUGAAAUCCUCAAGAGUGUGGCUCGUUCCUCAGACAGUCUUCUGCAGCAGAUAUCUCAGAAAGUAACUUGCCUCACUGACUGUACUGACCAACAGGAAAGGCUCUCAGCACUGUCUGAGGAGAUGGAAUCCAUCCUGAAGCGUCUGGAGAACAUGAGGGAGUGGUGCUCAGAAAUUAGUUGUCGUGGAGGUCGUGAGGCAACCGUGGCCACCAUCUGGAGACGGGUGUCAAGAUUACGUAACUGCAUGCAGAAGCUGACAGCUCAUUGUAAACAGAGAAUCACAGAUUGGCGUGACGUCACAAGCAGUUUGGAGAAAGCCUCAGCUGUGUUGGAGACGGUGGAGGCAGAGCUUCCUAAUGCCUCUGCGACAGCCGUAUCCACUGAGGAGCUUCAGGAGCUGCUGCAGUCUUGGGAACAGUACCAAGAAAGGCUAGAUUGUGAACAUCGAGCCCUGUCUGCGUUGGAACUGCGGACAGCCAGGCUGCUGGGGGUCCCCGCCCACCUGGAACAGGCUCCACCCUUUCCACUUUGUCAGCGCCUACAGUUGAUGCAGGGCCGAUACAGUGGUGUGGGGCAGAAGAGCAAGGAAGGCUUAGUUAGUGCCAAACUGGAGCUGGAGGAGAGAGAAAAGGUCCGAGAGGAGCUGCAGGUGAUCCAUGUUUGGCUCAAGGCUGCGGAGAGUCUGUUGUCAAAGAUGGAGCAGUCCAGCAGCACGCAGGAGCUACAGGACCAGGACUGA